AUGGCACGAAACGAGACAGCGGCGUAUGGUCCCAAUCCUUGGUCCACCGACCCGCUUCUACCCCCCGUCCCUCGAUCCUCCCUCCGCGACGAGCACGCAUCUUAUGGAAAGAACGGCUCCAGCCAUGUCACGCAGACUCAGUACUACGCGUACAGCCUCUUUGAACGCGAAGGCGUCUUCAACACACUUCACCACGCUGGCUUGCUCUUUCAAGAGUAUCUCUAUCCCCUCCCAAUGUCGCUUACUCAGCGUCUAUCUAGGCCGCUGCCUGUCAUCGCACGCCCUGCUGACGACGACGGUGUCAUCGUCAAGGCAAUGCGACCUGUCCCAGUCACGCAAAAGCAGCAGGACCGGAUCAUCCUUCCUACGGAAGCCUUGGUGAAGGAGGCACAAUUGGAAAGGGCAAAUGGGGUUCGAAAUCCAAAGCGGACCAAGACGAUUUGA